AUGCUUUCUACUAUGCGAAACUUUUGCUCCUCAGCGGCCCGAAGCCUUCGUCCCGUUUUGUGCUCGACGACUGUUUUGGCGAGAAAAGCUCACGGCCAGGCGAAAGCUCAACCACCUUCAUUACCGACAAGCUCCGGCGACGAGUUAACGCUUGUAAGCGGUAGGUUAAAAGUUUUCUUAUGUUUUAAUUUCCAGGGAAAAUAAUCUUGUUUGUUUAACGUUGGUAUUUAUUUUUCUUGAGUAAAAAGGUUCUCAAAACCACUUCAGGGUUCGCGCGCUUUUCGUUUUUAUUUUUUUUGUUCGAGUAAGAUUUACAAAACUAACCAGACAAAUCCUUUUUUAUGGUGGUAGUGCAGUCUUUUUAACACGUGUUGUAACUCUAAACGGGAAAGAAAUUUGACUAUCAAGAAAUUUUGCUUCUCACUUGACGAAAUUGAACUGGUUUGUCCGGUUUCGAUCGUAUGUUUCCGGUACACAGUCUGCUUUUCUUGCAUUUUAUUUUUGGAAUUGUUAUUUUAUCGCAUUUUUUCAGUUGGAACCGGGAAAUAUUUUAUGAGACUGCAAGCAAGAAUUUUGUUUUUCUUUUGGAGUCGCCAUUCUUCAAAUAUACAUAAGGUUGUUUUCAAACCGCUCUAAGUACGAAAUACGCAAUGGCCUACGCAAUGCAGCACACUCAGUAUUGAACGUCCCGGCUGCAUCGAAAACACUGGUUACGUAACAGAGGCAAUCAUCCCAAGUUUAGUACAGCAAGUAUUUAAAUAAAGAUGUUGUGUUAUCUUUGUUGCCUUAAACGGAGAGAGAAAAACCGAAAACAUGUGUUUGUAUGAAUUAUUGAGAUGUGCAUAGUUAGCUGGUGGUAGGCGCAUAAAGAGUAUUGGACACUAGAUGUUAAUUUUGAAUUCCCAUUGGCAGACAGUCUGGCAAAGAGUGAAGAGAUUAACCUGUUACUAAAAGGAAAUAAAACUUGAAAAUGUCAACUCUGAAGUGACAGGUCACUCUUGCCACUUGUUGGCAACAUAUUUUCCAAAAUAUAUUAUGGGUAGUUGUUUAUUUAUUAAUUUUGUUUUUUGUCAUUGUUCUUUUCAAGCAGCAAAGAACAAUUCAGCAUAUUUGCAACUGAGUGAAUGAAGUAAUAAAUUUUGAUGAUAUUUGAAACAGGCUUUAUAGAUUUAAAAAAUUUUGUAAUUCCUGUACUGUUGAGAGUCCCCAGUGGGGUUCCUAAAUCCAUCCUCUCGACCAAAAUUUUCCUGCCAUCCUCUGUUAGGCGAUUCCAGAAAAUAUCCAUACUAUACCACGAACAGCUUUUAGGAUUUCCGAAGGGGAGGAGGGGUUCACGAUUAUGGAUUUCUGAUGGCAUGGGUGGGUAUUUACGAUAAGAAAUCCAAAGGCAUGGGGGAAUUCUGAAGGGUUUAGGGAAGGAAAUGUUCUCGGAAAAUGUAAGAAAUCCCUUAAUUGUCCCCAAAACAAACAAGUCUCAUUUUCCUUAUAGCUAUUAAAUAGUAAAGUAUUAUACUCGACCUGAUCUUUUAUCAUGAUACAUUUUAUGUACACUACAUGAGGCAUAUGGGUUGAGAAACUUUUCAUGCACACUACAUGACAUAUAAAAGGAUGCAACACGACUCGACAGUAUAUUUGACGGCCGCAAGAUUUUGAGCUAUUUUCCUUUGUAAACGUCAAAACAGCACAAGAAAACAAAGAGGAGUAAAAUUACCGUAAGUGGUGUUUAUUUUUAUAGCCAAAUUCGGACUUAAAAAGGAGUUUGCACAGCCUGGCCACUAGCAGUAGGUUUUUCUUGUCGCUGAAGAGUAAAGCUUGUUCCCUGACGCCGCUAGAUCACAGCCUUGAGGAGGCAUAAAUUCAUGUUCGUUUGUUCCCAAAAAAACUGGAGGCUUUAGAUCUAACGAUAUUUUGUUAUCGUUAGAAAACUAAUGGAUAGCUAACGGCUUUUCCAGUUUCAGGUCAUAGCCUUAAUAUUCUGAUUAUUGUAUUGUUAUGUUUAUAGGUGCUGUAUUAAAUAAUCCUCGCUCAGAGUACAGGAUGGUGCGUCAAUACAGAGGAAAAGUUAAGGCUGUUAUCCUUGAUUGGUCAGGGACUGUUAUUGACUGUGGUGUAUACUCACCAGCCAUUGUUUUCUCGGAAGUCUUCAAAGAAGCUGGAGUCCCUAUUACCAUGGAAGAGGCUCGGGAACCAAUGGGGACCCACAAGAAGGUGCAUAUCCGUAGAAUCACACAGAUGGAGUCUGUUAGAAGGAGAUGGUUUGAAAAGUUUGGGCGGUUCCCCAGCGAGGAGGAUGUAGAAAGGAUGUUUCACAACUUUGUUCCAAUGCAGCUCGGAUGCCUCUUGGACUACUCUCAAAUGAUCUCUGGUGCAGUUGAAACUGUUAAUGUUCUCCGUCAUGAGAUGGGCCUCAAGAUUGGUUCCACAACUGGCUUCACUAGAGCCAUGGUAGAUAUAAUAAAGAAGCCUGCCGCAGAGCAAGGUUAUGUUCCUGAUGUGUAUGUUGCUGCUGAUGAUGUGCCGCAAGCUCGUCCCUAUCCUUAUAUGGUGUGGUUAAAUGCCAUUAAAUUAGACGUGAAUCCCAUUGAAGCCCUUGUCAAGGUUGAUGACACAGCUGAAGGUGUGAGGGAAGGCACAUCAGCUGGCUGCUGGAGUGUAGGACUCGCUAAAACAGUAAGCUCAUAUCACCUGUACAUGUUAUUACCACUGCUGUGCUGAGAUUUAAUUGGCAAAAUGAGGCAAGUCCUCACUUCUUAAAUGUAACAAAAAUGUCUUGUUUCAAUGCAAUCACUAAAAUGCUUGAAAGAAAACAGAAAGUACAGAAAAAAUUGAUUUGUAGGAAUUUUUCUUCAUACCUUCUAUGCUCAAAUAAAUUAUUAUUUGGAGUUAAAUUUUAUUAACAGUUGCUUGCACAGCAGCAGUAUUUUAUUUUUUACAAAAUAUUGAGAGGAAUAAUGUUAUUUCAAGCUUGGAUCUGGAUGUAGCAGGCGUUAAAUCAGCACAGUUGCUGAGUCACUGCUGCACUAAAAGCUGUGACCAUUUUAAUGACUAAAGCUACAGUAAAAAUCGCUAAUAGCCCAUCCCAUUUUACAUUUACAGAUGGAAACAAAAAAGCCUUGAAAAGGCAGUUGGCAUUUUGUAACAAUACAUGUACAAGACUGCUCAAAUUUUUGUCAAACAUAACAUACUGGUUGCCAAAGCUAUUAGGCAACUUUAAACUGACUUCAUAGUUUUUUCUUUUUUCAGAGUUAACUGAAAGAAUGAAUGGGUGAUACUUGCUAUCCUAAUGUUGUCUUGCCUAAUUUUUUUUUUAACAGGGAAAUUAUGUUGCCUUGAAUGAGGAGGAAAUUGAAGCUCUGUCGGAAGAAGAUUAUGAGAGAAAGAUUUCACGAGCAUAUGAUGCUCUUGCCAGUGCUGGAGCCCAUUAUGUGAUUGACAGCAUUAAUGAUCUCCCACCUGUUAUCGAUGAUAUCAAUCGACGACUGGCCAGUGGAGAAAAGCCAUGAAAAAGCAGUCAAUGUUCUGCCACUUUUCAUGUAUAACACUGCUAGCUAGUAGCUUGUAGAAACUGCACUAAAUGGGACCAAAAAUUUUAAUAUAUUUAAUUUGUUUUUGUUUUAACUUUCUUGAUGCUUUUGAGCUUUUGAAUUACGACCAUGAUUGCUGGACAAAGACAAAUGAAUUCAUUGUAAUUAACUUUAUCUAACUUAUAUCUUAAUAAUGUGUAUGUACUGUGAGCUUUUAUUGUUCUUACAAAUUGUAGCAUUUUCGUCAUUAAACUGGAACAGCCUGUUUCUAAAAUAGGCUUUUUUAAAAUGUAAUAAAAACCCAGAUUCUACAUUUCUCCCAUUUAAUGCUCAAGUAAAGGGCAUUAUCACAUUUGCAUCUUAAAGAAUAUGGCAAAGGUUGUAAUAGUCGUGAUUUGAUGUUCACAAAUAUUAUCAUCUUUUUGUUAAAUUAUUUGGAAGAUUUAUUUAACUUUUAAUUUAUUCUUAAUGACCCAUAUUUUUAUAUCUUUCACAUAUUGCCCACUCUUAAACGAAGAGUGGAUAAAAGAUUGACACUUAAAACGUUUCUAAAAGUGACCUAAGGACGUUGGAGAAUUGAGAAAAUUGCAUGGAUUUGGAUUUUGUUUGUAAGAAUGAAAAAAUAUAAAAUGAUCCAAUCAUAUUUUUGUAAGGAUUAAAGUAACGAUGCUCCCUCUUUAAAUCUGUAGUACCUUAAAAUACUCUAAUAAGUGCCCAGUUAUCCUUUUUUCCUUUUUGUAUGCUUUCUUUGAGCAUAACACUUCUCAUAUUUAUCUGUGUUCGCCAUAUUUUUCUCCAAUUCCAUAUUUUAAUCUUCAGGUUUUUGUUUCAAGUUGACCUCAACACAAUUGUAUCGAAUUCCAUCAAAACACUCUGUCGAAAACAACCAAACAUAUACUUGAAAACUCCAAUACGUUUUCAUUCCCUUGCAACAAUAAACAUUUGGCUACUGUUUGAC